AUGCUAUUGCUGUGGGACAAGGAGAAUAAGGCCCACGCGAUGGCUGUUGUGGAUGCCUCGACCGUAAUUGUGUAUCAUGAAGCUCAUGGAGCGAUCUUUCUGCUGGAUAUUACCAAGUGGGAUACGCUAGAGUACGUAAAGCAACAGCUUGAUAACGUGCCAGUAGACGUUUCGACGUUGGUGCUGGGAAACGUUCGAGACCAAGGGACACAGAGAAAGGUAUUUAAAGAAGAUAUCGAGGAAAUGCUAUACGGGUCGAGUAUUCGGCCGCAACAACAACAGUGGAGGCGACGUACCGAGUUGCUAUAUUUUGAAUGCUCGUUAUUGAAUUGUUCUGGACUGUAA